AUGUCUGAUGAGGACCAGAAGUUGAUGGAGCAGAUCAGCCUCCUGGCAGGCAAGUACCUCCCAGCCGACACGAUGCGAUGCGAUGCGAUGCGAUGCGAUGCGAUGCGAUGCGUGGUCGCGCCUCGCUCCAGGAACACCUGCGACCUCCGGCCCUUCCCGAUAUCCCUUGUCCUCAACAACCCCAAUGCUACGAACAACUCCAAUCACGUCGCAGGCUCUACAUCCGAUGACACGGCCUCUUCAUGGGUCACAAGAAGCGACCGCCACCUACAACUUAUCAACUCCAAUGUCUUCCAUGAGCAGACCGAGGCACGGAAUAAGGCGAUGCAGCAAACGAGACUCCAGAAGCAGCAGCAAAAGGAGCAUCGCGAACGGGCCCAACUCAUGAACCACCUCAAACAUACGGCAAACCCCUCUACUGUCUCUGCUAACCCCGCUUCAGCGCCCACCUAUGAGAUAUCGGUGGAGGGUAUCCGCUUCAGAGUCGCAAACAACGGCAGCAAGCUGGUCAAGCUUCCUGGUGCGUUGCCGUCAUCUCAUCACUACACGCGUCUCUGCUCACCCUCGUCAGGAGAUCCAAAUAACCCCAAGGCCACGCCCAAGAUGGCCCUGGUCGGAGGGGUCAAGUUCCAUCGGUCCAAGAACGGCAAUAUGUACCGUCAGGCGAUCGUUAAGGCUCACCGACAAUCUGCGACCGUCAAGAAGACAAACGUUACUUGCAGAAACUUUUCUAAUACUGGUGCCCCGGUUUGCCAGUCAUUUGGCUUCUACGGCUACUGCGAGAAGGGCAUCAGCUGUCCCGAUCGUCACGUCUUUGAAUGCCCUGAUUUCAGCAACACAGGUGUCUGUAAGACAAAGGGUUGUAAACUCCCCCAUCGAGAGAGGGCAAGCGUCCUCCGAAAGGCAAAUGCCGCUCUCGCGCAGAACGCAAGCGGAGAUGAUGAGGAUGACCUGUCGAGCGACGACGGCAACAACUCAGUCAGCAGCAACGAUGUUGACUCUGACGAGGUUGAAGAGUUCAUCGGUGAAGAAGAUCCUAUGGACUUUGAACAGGACUUCAUCUCCUUUAAUUGA